AUGCUUUCCUUUCAUUUCUGGAAGUCCCGGAGUCGACCUACAGAUGCUGCUUCUUCCGUGGUCGAUGGCAUUCAGACUCCUAGCUGCCGACAGCGUCAGGCCAACAACUGGGCAGAACAGCUUGGCUGCUGGAAGCUGGCCACAGUCUCGGCCAGAGCAGCAGCCCCCUGGCCACAGACCACCUCUGCCACCCCACCCAGGAGCCUUCCUACCUCCCUCAGGUCGGCCUGGGCCCCGCCACAGGGGCUGAAGAACUGGGAGGUGGCGGCGGCGGUGGUAAGGGUGCCUGCAGCCUUGGGGCCAGUCCAGGCACGUGGGACCCUGCUUCAGGCUGCGCUGCAGCCCCUCCAGGGCCAGGGAGGGACCCAGGACAGCCCCGUCACUCACCACUGUCUCCUCCUGUCGCUGACACCUAGGCGAGGGCUCAGAAUGGAAGGCACCCCUCCUGAACCGAAUCUGCAGGCCAGAUCCAAGGAGGUGGGGGACGGGGUGUGCGGAGCUCAAGAUAGCCAGGAGCUAAAGCAGCAGCUGCAGCCGCUUCCCAAGCCAUCAGCCUCCUCCCUGCGAGAGGCAAAAUAUGUGGAGAUGUGCGCUUCAGCUGGAGUCCCGAGGGACAGUCCCCGGACCAUGAGACUCACUCGGGAGCAGCGCCAGGGGGAUCAGAGGGGCUCGAAGAGUCCCCAGGAGAAAGCCCGAGACGAAGUCAGCAGUCAAGAGCACGAAGCUCCAGCCCCCCUGAAGAACUCUGUCCCCUCGGAACUCUCCAGAUCCCAGCUCGCCAGUACCGAUGAGGGCAGCAAUCCCUUCUCUUCCUCCUCUUCCUCCUCCCCAGUGGACGGAGCAGAAGGAGGUGGCCUGUCCAAGAUGGAUGGCACCACCACAUCCACAGGGGCUCUGGCCACCUCGUCCUCAUCCUUAGGCUUCGAGAGUGACAGUGGUGAGAACGCGCUGAGCUGCCAGCCCAAGGGAGAAGAAGGGGAAAAAGCAGGAGGCCGAGGAGGGGGAGGAAGAGGGAGAUGUGGGGAAGGGGAUGCCACGGAGUGCAGAGACAUUAUUGCCAAGUCUCAGGGCAGCCGGGACCCCCCCAGAAAUCAGGAGGCCCAUUACAUCACCACCCAUGAGAUCCAGCUGAGCGAGGUGGAGCAGGACAUGGACUUCGACGUGGGCCUGGCCUCUCGCUGGGAUUUCGAGGACAACAACGUGAUCUACUCGUUUGUGGACUACGCUUCCUUCGGUGGCAGCGACGAGACCCCAGAGGACGUCACCACCCUGACCGAAGAGGACGACGACAACAGCUGCUACCUUAGCACCACUCCCAGCACCAACGCCACCCGGACACCCAGCCCCAGCAGCAGCGACCCCGCCCGUCCCGGCGCGGGCAGCGGCGGCGGUGACACCAGCAGCACAGAAGUGGGCAGCGGCCCCUCGGACGGUGGCCCCACUCCCCCACCCACGGGUCCUGGCACGGCCACCCCGCGGGAGCCCUUGCCCGAGCCCCCGGAGGCGGCUUCAGGGGCAGCAGCAGCCACCGCCGCCAGCAGCUGUGGGAACGCAGCAAGCCAGAUCCUCCUAUCAAUCAAACCGACUUCCCGGGCUAUAAAUGAGCCUAGCAACGUGUGUGCAAAGCAAAACAUUAUUUAUGCUGCCAAGCAUGAAGGCGACAUGAGCCUCCGCGUCUCUACAGCUGCUGAACACAAUUCCAGUUCGCUGAAGCAAGACCCGGCUGCAGCCGUGGCUCAGGACCAUGCAAAGAAAUUCAUCGCCGUCCCUGCUCGCCUGCAGACCCGGUGCGGGGCCAUCCGGGCGAAGGAGCUGGUGGACUACUCCAGUGGAGCCUCCAGUGCCGUGAGCGAGCUGGAUGAUGCGGACAAAGAGGUGCGUAACCUGACCUCUCGGGCCUUCAGGAGCCUCGCUUACCCCUACUUUGAGGCUCUGAACAUCAGCUCCCGGGAGUCCUCCGUGCUCUCCGAAGUCGGCUUUGGGCGCUGGUCGACCUUCCUGGACUUAAAAUGUGGAGGUGUUGGAGCCAGGGUGGAACAGAGCCUCCUGAGGAGCAGCGCGGCCUCCGUGGCUGCAGGGCUGAGGAAGGGUGGUGGGGCCAGGACCACGGCAGACCAGCUCUACAUCCAAUCCAAGAAGUCCCAGACCAAGGCCUUGGAGUUUGUGGUCAGCAAAGUCGAGGGCGAGAUCAAACACGUGGAGACACCUCUGUGUUUCCAGAAGCAGGUCCAGUCGGGUCCGCGCGUGGUCACCCUUCUCGAGCCUCUGAAUUUACGCAGUGAAAGCAAAGCCAGCUCGGCCGUGGGGCCCUGCAAGGCCACCAAAGGCCCCAGCAAGGGCCCCGGGUCAGUGUACACGGACGAUGGCUCAGAGACCUCCGAGAGCGGCAAGCCCGCCUCCCGCGCUGAUGGCCCCCAGAAGUCCAAGUUUGCUUCUAGCCUGCUCAAAAAUGUCAUCUCCAAGAAGAUGCAGCGGGAACACGAGUUCAAAAUGGAGAGGGGAGAACUCAGCGACACAUCCCACCAUCACCUCUCCAGCACCUCCAAGGAGACGGAGGGCCCUCCCCCCGGGGCUGAGAAGCAGCGCGAGAGGGGUCUGCAGAGGCAGAGUUCUCGCCACUCGGAGGCCGGUUCCGAGUACACGGUGGUCAGCAUGUCUGAUGCCGGUGGGGAGGGGGCCGUAGCUGGGUCUAAAUCCCCUAUCUUCAAAGCCAGCGCCCCUCGGGAGAGCCACGCAGGCUCCAGCCGUCAUUUUGCUGAUGGACUCCCAGAAGUGUGUGAAAUUAAAAAGAGUGCCUCAGAGACUGUCAAGGGCAUCUUCCUCCGCAGUCAGAACAGUGCAUUCCGGUCCUGGAAGGAGAAAGAGGCUGAGAAGCGAGAAGAAAGAGCCCCCGUCGGGAAGCUGAAGCUCCCCAAGGGGGGUGACUGGAGGGCCGACUUGGGGGAGAUCUCUGCCAGCAAGUCCACCAUCAUGUCUCGCCUCUUUGUCCCCAACAUCCAGCAGACACCCAAGGAUAAGCAGCCGGGGAAGCAGGCCACCAAGUACCCUGCUGCUCAGGCCACCUCCACGGCAGUGAUCCGACCCAAGGCUCCCGAAAUCAAGAUCCGCCUGGGGAGCGUGCAACAGCCGAGCUCGGACUUCAACAUUGCCAAGCUGCUCACGCCGAAACUGGCCAGCGGCAGUGCCUCCAACCUCUUCAAGACCGUUGAGGACAACAGCAGGGCCCAGCAGAAGCUCUUCCGGGGGGACAACCUGGAAAAAGUGCCCCAGUUCCAGGUGAGAGACGUCAGGGACAAGUCCAAGGUCCAAGGUCCCCUCCAUCAGGUGAGAGAUGUCCGGAAGCUAAUCAAGGGGUCAGGGGACAGCAGUGACAAGGGCAGCGUUACCCCAGAGCAGGGGCUGACUGGGCCCAAACCCAGGCAGCUGGCUCCUGCCGCUGGGGGAUCCGGAUCCUUGUCCCCCAUGGUGAUCACGUGCCAGGCGGUGGUGAACCCCAGGGAGGACAGCGCCGAGCGAGAGCCCAGGGAGCACGCGGGCAAGGGAGGCGGCAGGGUCUUGAACUCCUCCUCGCCAGAAGGGACAGUCUUGGUGCACAGGGCGUCUGGCAGGCUGCCAGUAGCCACCAUAGCCCCCAAUAAGCCUGAGCAGGGCUCCUACCUGCCUGUGCUCAAGAUCGUCUCCAAGGCUCAGAAGACCCCAGAGAAGUUCAAGGACGAGGAAGUCAAGGAGGAAGGGAAAGGCCCCAAGACAUCCCGGAAUGCUCUGGAGAAGCUGACGGCCGCCGUGAGGUCCAUGGAAGAGCUGUACAGCUUCAACAGGAACGAGUGGAAGCGGAAAAGCGACCCCUUGCCUCUGCUGACCGACAGCCACGUCCUGUCGCUCAUCGCCAGCGAGGAGCGGGGAGGGGCCGGCGGCGCUGACCCCGACAAGCUGGCCAGGCGGCUGGGUGAGGUGGAGGAGCCUCGGGGCGUCGGGAACAAAGGCGGGGUGGUCCUGCGAGGGGGCCCAGAGCGUCUACAGCGGAGGAACUCCAACCCCAGCACCGAGAGUGUGUCCGCCCGCGCGGCUGCCUUUGAGAACCUGGCCAGGGAGCGGCCCCGGUCCCUCUAUAUUCCCCCGGUGCACAAGGAUGUGGACAGAACCCAGCCCCUGCCCCCGCUCCCCAGCCAACGGAACGUCUUCACAGUGAGUGCCAGCAGCACCCAGAAAACUGGGGGAGUCGCUGGCAAGUUCCCGCAAGGCCCUUCUCCGGAGAGUCCCUCGGCGGCCGCCAAGGGCAUCAGAUCGCAGGGGCUGCGGUCCCUCAAGAUCUCUCCGGCCACCCGGGCACCUCUGGAAGAGGUGACCAACAGGAAAAGCAGCAGCAAUUUGGAAAAGAGCAAUAGUGACUGUGAGAAUUACCUGACCAUCCCUCUUAAAGGAAGCUCUGCAGCUGGAGAGCUUCCAGGCAGGCCUGGGGCAGGGAGGGAGGGACCCCCAGCUUCUUCGGCCGCGGCCACUCUCUGCAGCUUGCCCCCACUGAGUGCUCGCAGUCAGGUACCCACUAGUCCCAAGGGCUCUCAGGUCAGUGGAACCAGCCGGCCAGCUUGGCGCAGCAAACCUGACCACCCCCGGGAGACAGUAGCUGCCCCCGCGGGGCCCCAGAGCCCUGAGCAUCCCCCCACCGCCAUCUACCACCAGCAGCCACUGCCCUUCACCCUACAGAGCGCCCAGCCCCAGGUCCUCUGCUUCUCCCCGCCAGGUAUGCCGGCCCCGGCACCUGCCGGCCCAGCUCCCGUCCCCACGGACCCCUUCCAGCAGCCCCCACCUCAGCAGACCCAGCGCAAGAUGCUCCUGGAUGUGACCACCGGCCAGUACUAUCUGGUGGACACACCAGUACAGCCCAUGACGCGGAGACUGUUUGACCCGGAGACGGGGCAGUAUGUGGACGUGCCUAUGACCUCCCAGCAGCAGGCAGUGGCCCCCAUGUCCCUUCCUGUGCCUCCCCUGGCCCUGAGUCCUGGGGCCUAUGGACCCACUUACAUGAUCUACCCUGGGUUUCUGCCCACGGUGCUGCCCGCCAGCGCCCUGCAGCCCACGCCGAUUGCUCGCACUCCAGGGGGCGGUGAGCUCUCCCCGCUGACCGCAGAGCCCCCCAGCAAAGAGGCAGCUGCAGCAUUCACCGAGGCCCCCUACUUCAUGGCCUCCGGCCAGUCUCCCGCCUCCUCUGCCUCCUCCGCCCCGGCAGCCACCCCGCAGCUCGUGGGGGCCAAGGGCUUUGCCCAGCUGCACGGCAAGCCUGUCAUCAGCAUCACCUCGCAGCCCCUGGGGCCGCGGAUCGUCGCGCCCCCCUCCUUUGACGGCACCACCAUGAGCUUCGUGGUGGAGCACAGAUGA